AUGUCUUCUCAUUUCAUGAUUUGGAAUGCCCAGGGGAUUGCGAACACUACUACCCAGGGCACUUUCAAGAAUAUGAUCGAUAUGUACAGUAUUUUGUUUGCCGCGGUGCUUGAGCCCCAGACGGAUCCCCAGCCUUCUUUCUUCAAUAGGCGUUUUGGGUUGCAGUUUAGGUGUUCGAACACGAACGGUAAGAUUUGGAUUUUUUCUCACAGGGACUGGCAGGUCGAGGUCAUUGAUGACUCUGAGCAGGUCCUUCACGUCCGAGUUUCUGCUGCGAUAUUCCCUUUUUCAAUCUAUCUCUCCGUGGUGUACGCUAAGUGCUCAAGGGAGGGGAGAUACGAUCUGUGGAAUAAGCUCAGGGACAUCUCUCUAGCCACUGACGGGGCCCCCUGGCUUGUUGGUGGUGACUUCAACAUCUUCUUGUUGGAGGAAGAGAGACAGGGCAGCACGACAGACAGGCACGGAGAGAUGAUGGACUUUGCAGACGCCGUUGCAGACUGCCAGCUACUGGACCCAGGUUUCGAUGGCCCGCCGUUCACUUGGACGAGGAGUGGGCUCUGGGAGAGAUUGGACAGAGUCUUUCUUGGGGAGCACUGGACGACCGUUCACUUGGACGAGGAGUGGGCACCUAUCCCCUUUGGGUGGGAGAGGUACUAUGAUGAUCCGGAGAUGCUGCAGUUCCACAAGAGAUCUACGGUGCACCUCAUCUCCCUCCCCCGAGACUUCAACAAGUUCAAAUCCAUUCACAUGUACGACAUCGUUGUCAAGAAUCGAAACGAGUUCGAAGUUAGAGACACGUGA